AUGGCAGAGGAUAUUGACUUGAAUGGAGAUCCUAACAACAAGAAAGACUCAAACAACAGCGAGGCCAAAGAUGAAACUGCAAAAACAGAAUGGAAUCUCCAUGGCCUUAAUGUCUUUGGAAAUAUGAUGAAUUCAUUUGGAGGAACCAAAAUCUCCAACGAAGUUGUUCAUGAAGCUUCUAAGGUGUCUCUGAAAUUUGUAUACUUGGCCGUGGAUACCUUUUUUGUGUCACUUUUGCCCAAUUAUAGUUGGGCUACAUGGUUUGGUGCAAAAAUGGUAAUAGAGGAAGGAUACACAGGAGGAGAGGUUGUGACAAUAAUUAUGGCUAUAUUGAAUGGCUCCUUGGAAGUUGUGUCUCUUGGGCAGGCAUCUCCAAGCUUCACUGCUUUUGCUGCUGGACAAGCUGCAGCCUUUAAGAUGUUUGAAACAAUUAAAAGGAAGGCAGAGAUUGAUGCUUAUGACAUUACUAGUCGACAGCUUGAUGACAUUUGUGGAGAUAUAGAGGUUAGGGUGGUUUGCUUUAGUUAUCCUACUAGACUUGAUGAACUGAUAUUCAAUGGAUUUUCUCUUUCAAUACCAAGCGGCACUACUACAACUUUGGUAGGAGAAAGUGGGAGUGGGAAAUCCACAGUUGUUAGUUUGGUAGACAGAUUUUAUGAUGGUGCAAUUGUUGAAGAGAAUAUUGCCUAUGGAAAGGAUGGUGCAUUUGUUGAAGAAAUCAAAGAUGGGGCCGAACUAGCUAAUCUUUCCAAAAUUAUAGAUAAACUUCCUCAGCUAGUCCAAGUGAUAGACGUGUCAUCCUCCGAAGAGGAUCCUGAAGAGGACCCAGAGGAGUUACCUCCUAAGCCUGUUGUGGAUGCUCUUGACUUUCCAGAGGAUGAUGAGGACCCACUCUCUUAUGUGGAUUCUCUAGAGGAUAUCAUGUCAGCAUCUGAGGUAGACUCUACAGAGGAGAGCGGCCCUGGAGGGACAACGAAUAGUGAAGACUCUUCAUCAUAG